AAUGUCUUCAAUCAGAUUCUUGAUCAACAGACAACAUUAUUUUUUAAUAGGCACAUCGAUCAACUUAUCCUUUGCUGUCUUUAUGGUGUUGCAAAGGUUUGUAAAUUAGAACCCUCAUUCAAGGAGUUACUCAACAAUUACAGAAAGGAAGCACAAUGCAAACCAGAAGUUUUUUCAAAUGUCUAUAUUGGGAGUAGGAAUCGUAAUGAUGUAUUAGUAUCACGCCAUGUUGAUAUUAUUACUUUUUACAACGAGGUGUUUGUUCCAGCAGCCAAGUCUUUCUUGGUGUCACUAAUAUCAUCCGGUACUCGUCCAGAAGACAAGAAGAAUGCUAGUGGCCAAAUUCCUGGAUCACCCAAGCCAUCUCCUCUCCCAAAUUUACCAGAUCUGUCCCCGAAGAAAGUUUCAGCAUCUCAUAAUGUAUAUGUGUCUCCUUUGCAGCAAGCCAAGAUGGAUUUACUUCUGUCACCAAGUUCCAGGAGUUUUUAUGCAUGCUUUGGUGAAGGCACCCAUGCUUAUCAGAGCCCAUCAAAAGAUUUGGCUGCUAUAAAUAGCUGCCUAAAUUAUAGCGGCCGGAGAUUAAGCAGUCGAUUAAACUUUGACAUGGUGAGCGACUCAGUGGUAGCUGGUAGUCUGGGCCAGCCAAAUGGUGGUUCUACCUCCUUGGAUCCUGCAGCUGCAUUUAGCCCCAUUUCAAAGAAGAGAGAGCCAGAUACUUGAUCAAAUAUAAAUGGCGACCUCUCGUAUAUAGCUCACAGAUCCAUGCUCCAUAGCAGUCUAUUCUUCUGAAUAAGUGGGUUAACUGGAGUGAUUUAACAUGUAUGUGUUAGUGAGAAGCAGCAGUUUAUAGGCAGCAAACUGUUUCAAGUUAGCUUUGAGGUUGUAUCACUAUUUCCCUGCUGAUUGAACAUAUUAGACUGUAACAUCCGCUGUGUAGAAUGCUAAUGAAUCUUUAGUUUUCAGUGAGUUGACAUAAUAAAUCCUUAUCCUAGUUGGCUGGUUGUUGGGGAGACAUUCAUGAUUCAUCAGGGUUAUAUUUGGUUGUCAAAUAGUACUGUAUACUUAAUUCAUAUCUUUCAUAUUUUUCACUAGCAUUGACAACCCCAAAUUGCUUUCCUGAGUAGGCUCUACUCUUCACAGGUAUAAGUAUGCCAAGUCUAAACUAUUUGAAUCCUUUCAUAUAUUUAAUUUUUUAAUUACUCUCUGUUUCUGCUACUUUUGUACUGUCUAUUUCCAGCUUCUCUAUCAGACUGAUGAUUCCAUAUUCAGUACGCUGCAAGUGAUUUGACAUAUGUGGGUAUGUCUCAUGUUGACUUCGUUGCUUUUGUAUUGGUACUGUUGACUUCAUUGCUGGUUACAAUCAACCUUUACUGCUUUAUAUUGGCUUGCACAGCCAGGAUGGUUGGUUUUCUGCAUCAAUCAAUCCUUUUCUCAGGACACAAGAUAAUUCUUGUAUGCUACACUUUCCAAAUUGCAAUUAAUUCAGAAGUCUACCUUCUUUCAUUCAGUUAGUUCUCAGCAAUAUUGAAUGGAUAUGAAUCAGUCGUUCCAAUAGAUGUUCAUCUGGUUAUUCCAAACAAUCUGACAUCACAUCUCUUUCUGCAGGUGAGAUAAGGAAAACCCGAAACGCUAUCAUCAUUUAAAACAUUGGCUCCUGGAAGUUCAGGUGAUUAGUAAAGCUCCUUCAUCUACAUCUGUCAUUGGCAUGUACGGUAGAGUCCAGCAACUCAUGUGAUGACAGGAGUCGUCCUUAAACAGCAGCUGCUGUCAGUUUGUUCAGCGCUUCUCAUAUCUGAUUGUAUUGACCGAGAGCAUCCACCUUGCCUUUUGGUACCAACUGAAUGAGCUGCUGAUGCCGAUUCAUCUACCCUACUAAUGCACCAACAUUUUCUCUUCUAUGUCCACACCAAAAAACGUCUCCCGCUGAGAAGCCCCCUCUCCAUCCACCUCAAAAGUGUACCCAAGAAAACAACUUUUUUCAAAAUAGACUGUCUAGAUUUAGUCUAAGUAUUCUCUCUCUUACUCGCUCAAAUCCAAGGGUGCAGAUUGAACGUAUCAUCCUCCUCCUUCCUCCCUCUCUCGCGCCCGCACUCAGACCCCACGAACGCGGCCCGCGGCUAGGGUUUGAUCCCUCACACCUCAGGUUUUUUUUUCUUUUCCGUCUCUUCUUUCCUCAAGCGAGGUGCACCCAAGCCCUUCCACCGUCCCUUGCGGUCAUAAGUAUGGAUGCCCGCCAUGGCCCCCCAGGCGUGCCGGCCGCCGCGUCCCUGGUCGGAGAUCCGCCCCUCGUCAGCACCGCAAGGCCGAAGAUCCAGUCUGGCAGCUCCAUGGCGGAUCCGCUGCCUCUUCGCCUACGAGUGGGGAGGUAUGAGGGGAGGGGACAGCGCAGGCAGAGAAGGGCCUGCACUUAUGGGCGAGGCAGCGCCACGGCUGUGCGAGUCCAGGUCUCCAGGAGGAUGAAGAGCACGCCGCCCGUGCAGCCACCGUCGAGGAACGCUCGUCGCCCUCCUGCGCCAGCCUCAACGGCGAGGAGACCUAGGCGCACACUAGCCUUCCCGCGCCCGUUCUCCACCGGCAGCUGGAUACCAUGACCGCGCGACGGCAAACCUGCAAGGGUGCGCCUUCUACAUCAUCUUCACGGACAGCAAGCACCAGUUGUUCAUCCAUGCAUAAUUGUGAGUACAAGCCUUACAUGUUCUUCCCUUGCUUGCAUCUCCAUCUCAUUCGAAAGCGAACCACACUGCUCUGUGGGAUACUGGGAUGCCUAUGUUGGGGUUGAAAAGGGAGCAUAUGUUUCUAAUUGGGUCUGGCCAUUAUCGGGUGAUUUGGGAAUAUGAGGUCGUUUGAGGGAUUCGUUCUAUCUUCUAUGAACUGCUUUUCAAUAGGGAUGAUGGGAUAGUUCAGGACUCUGUCAAUUGUAUGAGAUGAUUGUAGAAAUGUGGACUAAGCAGUGAUUUUUGCAUGAUCAAAAUAUUUUGAUUCAAAAUCAGAAGGGGCAACAGGAUGGUGCUAAUGACUUAGAAAAACUGCAUGAGAAGUGUUUGCAAGUUCAGACUUCUCUCCAUCAAUAUUAAGGUACAGGUAGUUGCAUUAUUUCAUCUCAAUUCGUUCCAAAAUGAGGAACAACAAACGUGUUUUGACUUUUGACACAGUAACAUUAACUUGCAAAAUAAUAUACUAGAUAUAAUCAGCCAAGAAAUGGCAAAACUGUGAGAGUUAUUAGAUUAACAAGGGAGAAAUUGGAUUCGAUAAUCGAUACCUGAUGGGUUGUUGGAUUAUAGGCUAAAAGGAUUGCGCAUCUGCCACUCUAUCAGGUUGUUAUUUCUUGUAUCUUUCUUCAUUUUAAAGUGAAAUUGAUCUACGCAUUGGUAAUAGUUGUUUUGGUUUCAGAAUAUGCAGUGGAGCAGAUAGAUGCACGAGAUGCUGUGUGCUGGAACCGGAAGGCACUUGUUAAUCAGAUAUAUGCAUUGGAAUAGAAUCUCUCUAAACUGAAAUCUGUAUGUGCAUUGGCUGAUGGGUGAAUGAUUUUCUUGUGCUUGCGCUUCCAUAGUGGAAUUGUGAUUUUUUUUUUUUGGUUUCCUAUGUUCGUUGUCUAGCUUGGCAGGUGAUGUCUUGCUCGAGUGAUCUAAUUCCUUGACUGGGAAGACUUGGAACAUAGGUGCUGGCUGGCAUGUUUCUAUUAAAUUUUAAAUCCAUCGAGGAUGCAGCUUAACCUGUAUACUGAGGUGGCCAUCCUACAAGCAGAAUCCUUUAUGCCCACGAUGCAAGGGGCCAUCUGAAUUUAUGCAAGCACCACUCUCUAUUGAUGGUGGCUCCAUGCUUA